UGCCUCUGUUUACGUAUCUCUACUCUACCAUCUUAUUGCUUAGUCUGAAGGUACCAAAGCCAUUACUCACUUGUGUUUCUCUUUCAGAAUGGUUUAUUAGGGUUUGUUUCACACAGCACUCUAUCUUCAAACACUACAAUGGCGACUCAAUUGGUUGCAACAACAAUCUCAUCAGAAACUAACAAAGUUCAUCAAUUUUUCAACGAAUUAGAAUCUCAAAAGAACACUCUCAUCAAAUGCACCGACCUAUUCACAAAACUCAACAAUCAUUUCUCUUUUCUUCAAGAUUCCAUUUCUCAGAAAUUCCAAACCCUAGAUUCCCAAUUUCAAUCCCUCGAAUCACGCCACAAAGAAACCCUAGAAUCUCUCGCCAACCAAGAAAAUUCCAUCCCUGAACGUGAAUCCUCCGCCGCCGCACGCAUCGAUGAACAGAAAGAAGCCGCACUCGCUGCCCUCCGUAACCCUAAUCCACCGUCCAAUAUCGCAGCUGCGCUUAAAUCGCUGUCGAGGAAAAUGGACGCUGAAUCUCUGCUUAUGUUUGUAAUUUCGAAGAGGAAAGAGUCGAUAAUGUUGAGGCCGGAGAUAGCGGCAGCGUUAAAAGAGGCUGUGGAUGCUCCGAGAUUGGUGCUGGAUGCUGUGGAAGAGUAUCUGACGUGUAAAACAGAGGGGAAGUCUGGUGUUACUGAUAAGAGAUGGGCCUGUGGGCUUUUGAUUCAAGGGUUGAUUUCGGAGUCGAGUGUGUAUUCAAGAACGAUUGUGGAGAGAGCUGGGAGUCUUUUGGAUUUGUGGAAGGAGCAGCUUGAUGGGGAACCGGAGAAAGGUGCUGCUGAAAUGGUGAUGUUUUUGCAGAUGGUUGUGUGUUUUGGGUUAAGGUCGAAAGUCGAUGAUGAGUAUUUGAGGAAAUCGGUGAUGAAGUUUGCUUCUAGGAGGGAUAUGGCUAAGGUUGCUGCUUCCUUAGAAUUUGGAGACAAGAUGAUAGAUAUUAUAGAUGAAUUAGUAAAAAAUGGCAAAGAGAUGGAAGCUGUUUAUUUUGCUUCAGAAUCUGGUUUGACCGAAAGAUUUAAACCAAUUGAGCUACUCAAUUCUUAUGUUCGGAACUACGAAAAUAAUGUUGCUACCAUAUUGAAAAGCGGAAAUAACAGUCAGGUCGCAACGGAUGAGGCAAAUACUUUGGAGUUGACUUCGAUUAAGGAUGUAAUCAAAUGUGUGGAAGAUCACAAACUUGAAUCAAAAUUUAGACUUGAUAAAUUGAAAAGACGGGUUUCCCAGUUGGACAAAAACAAGUUUGAGCGAAAGAAUACUUCAUCAUUUGGAAGUGGAAGUGGAAGUGGAAGUAGACCACCUCGAAAGCGUGGCGGUCGAGGGACAAGCUCUUCCCGUCCAGCCAAGUCAGCCAAAACUAGUGUAUACCCGUCAUCUUUUAGUCGCCUUAGUCGUAGGAACAAUCUGGCUCCUGUGCAUCCUAGCCCUAUUGCAAGAUAUUCUGCACCAUUACACUACCAAAGCCAGAAUAUGCUGGAAAAUUCAACUGCUGCUAAUCCAUACGCAGGAACCUAUGGAACCUCUAUCACUCAAAGCCCAGCUGGAAUAGGAAUGGCACAACAACACUACUCAUACCCUGUCGACAAUUUAGGCCCCUCUAGUUAUCUAUCCAGUAGUUCUUAUGCAGGACAGACUAACUACGGGCAAUAUGAUUACGGAAGUGCUGCUCCACCAACUUAUCCAUACACAACAGAUCAAACCAGCUACAGGGGUUGAAUUUUCUUAUUCCCCCUCAGUCAUUUGUUGGCUGUUUCCUUUUAUGCUACUUUCAUCUAAUCAAUUUCUUUGUGUAUGUUAAUAUUGAAAAUAGAGGAGUAUCCUAGGAAUGUAUUUCUUUAAAUACAUAGAUCUAUGGUGUGCCAAAGUGAACUUUUAUGUAGUAGUACAUUAUGAUAAUCGUAGUUGGGGAUCAUUUGAAAAAUGCACUCUAAUUGUUGUCGUCUUAAAAGUGUUUUUUUUUAA